GGACACUUGACCUGACCUCAAGAGUGGAGGAACUCGCAGACGACCACACGCAGUCGCCGUCAAUGGAGCGCAUUCUGCUCUUCCAUCUACUGCUUUCCUCUUAGGUAGCUAGACGCCCAGCACUCAAGGUAGUCCCACUCAUCACUCCAACAAGGCCAACAUGUUCGGCGGCUCGGACUUCAAGCCCAAAUCCAUCUUCUUCCACACGACAAUCAUGGGUUCUCAAAACCAAGGAGAUCGCAUGCAGAUCGAUCUCAACGUGCCGUGUGACGUGGAAGCGCUUCGGGCGGAUAGGGAAGUACAGGGACGGUUUAUUGCGGAGAGUUUGCAGAAGGUGGAAGGGGAGAUGAAGUAUGCUGGGGAAUGGACAUGUUUUGCAUGUGGCAAACAAGCUCACGAACUCGUGCAUCACCCCAUGUCGUGGCUGCAGGCCCAACCGGGGUUCGUGAUGGACUACGUGCACAUGGUGUGUUCUCGCGAGGAGCCAAAAUGCGCGGGGGUGAUUGAGGAGAGUAACAAGGAGCUUACGACGGAGAUGGGGAUGGAGCCUGGGGCUGCAGGGGGAGAGAGUGGAGACAUACCCCAAGAAGCGCCUGGCGCUGUGGCCCAAGAGCCAAAGGCGGAGGGGAAAGAGAAGGAGGUAGAGAAGGGCAAUGACUCGCAGCACCCGAGUUCCGCCCCCCCAGCAGGAGGAUGUGCUGUCUGCCACAAGCAGGGCAAGACCCUCCAAUGCAGUCGGUGCAAGACCAUCAGAUACUGUUCCCCCGAGUGCCAAAAGACGGAUUAUUCGCGGCACAAGGGUGUCUGCCGGUGGGUAGACAAUGUCGAGCGAUCAUUCGCUUCUGAAAAGAAGGAGGAGGGGGAGAACAAGACUGGGGGCGAGGAUUGGCCCGCCGGAAUCCCGAGGCCAUUCGAUCCUCCUGCGCCGGCGGAACAUGAUCACAGUAAUUGCUAA